AUGCUUUGGAGUCUUCCCUGCGCUCCCUGUCGCAGGGAUGCAGCUGUUUUUUUUUCGCAGAGAUUGCGCUCGCCUCGCAUCUCUCGGAAAGGAACCUCACGGCUAACGAGAUACCUCGCUACUCAAUCAACCACGCAAAUCCCUGAUAAGGGAGAAGAUCGGGGCUCACUUUCUCUCCCCGCUCUGGCUAGGUUUAAUGAGAUUGGAGUUCAACAGCUGAGCGACCAUGUCUAUCCUCAAGUCUUUCCCAAGAAAGCGGAUCCGCCGGACCCAGCCCUGGUCGCCUUAUCUAAAGAGCAUCUAUCCAGACAUGACUUGCUCGGAAAGUCCCAGGAUGCUACCGAGCCCGUUGCCUUCGACAUGCCCGCCCUUCAAGGGCAAUCUCUCGAUGAACACUUUUUCAAGUUAGGAAUGGAUUGUUCUGAUCCGUACUUGUCGCUUGCGAAGGAAUACGUCUCCGUCAACUCGCCAGAGAAGCCGCGCAAAUGGGUGAAACGCAGUGGAUGGACAAAAUAUAAUGCCGACGGCACUUGGGAAGCUGUGGACGCACCUAACGAAACGCUCCUGACCUUCGACACCGAAGUAUUGUACAAAGUGCAUUCAUUUGCGGUCAUGGCCUGUGCGGUUAGCCCUACAGCUUGGUAUGCGUGGAUCUCGCCUUGGCUGCUGGGAGAAACAGAGAAUGAAGUCCAGCUUGUACCUCUCGGAGAUGCAUCACAGUCACGCAUCAUUGUCGGACAUAACAUCGGCUACGAUCGAGCUCGCGUGCUUGAAGAAUAUGACCUGAACCAAUCUCGCAACUUUUUCCUUGAUACGAUGUCGCUGCAUGUUGCAGUCAACGGAAUGUGUUCACAGCAGAGACCCACCUGGAUGCGUCACAAGAAAAACAAAGAGUUCAGAGACAAGGUGGCCAACCAAAACAACUCUGUGGAGCUGGCAGCCCUACUUGAAAACAAAAUGUUGAGUGAAGAGGAAGAAGAACUCUGGAUAGGAAGAAGUUCGGUGAAUUCGCUUCGAGAUGUCGCCAAAUUCCACUGCGAUGUUACGAUUGAUAAGUCGCAACGGGACUACUUCGGCGAGCUCAGCAGAGAAGAGAUUGUCGAGAAGUUGGAGGAAUUACUUGAUUAUUGUGCAGCAGACGUUGCAAUCACUCACCGUGUCUACAAGAAAGUCUUUCCAAACUUUCUGCAGGUCUGUCCGCACCCUGUAAGUUUUGGGGCGUUGAGACACCUUUCUUCGGUAAUAUUGCCUGUCAAUCAGACCUGGCAGGAAUAUCUUGCCAAUGCAGAAGGAACUUACCACCAACGGCUCGAUGGCGUCCGAAAGAAACUAAUAGAACUGUGCAACGAAGCACUAAAAGUGAAAGAAUCUCCCGAAAUCUAUACAAAUGAUCCAUGGUUGCGGCAGCUGGACUGGUCCGGCCAAGAAAUCAAAAUGGUCAAGGGAAAGAAGAAGGGCGAUCCUCCGCGACCAGCGGCCAGGCAAAAAUUGCCCGGCAUGCCAAAGUGGUAUAAGGACCUUUUCCCAAAGACCAAUGCAGAAAUCAAUCUUAGUGUGCGGACUCGGAUUGCUCCAAUUCUUCUUAAGUUGUCGUGGGAUGGCUACCCUUUGACGUGGUCGGACAAGCAUGGGUGGACUUUCAAGGUGCCUCGCGAACAUGCGAAAGCAUAUGACAAUCAGCCAGUUGUGGUGUGUGAUAUGACGGAAGAGAAGAUCCUCGAUCUGAGAAACGACAGAAAGCAUGUUUACUUCAAGCUGCCGCAUAAGGAUGGGCCUACAGCACGAUGCGUAACCCCCUUGGCGAAAUCGUAUAUGCAGUAUUUUGAACGUGGAACUCUUUCAUCGCAGUUUGCGCUCGCCAAAGAGGCUUUGGAGAUGAAUGCAUCUUGCUCAUAUUGGAUCAGCGCCCGGGACCGCAUCAUGAGCCAAUUGGUUGUUUAUCAAGACCAAGUGCGAGAUGUGGAAUCCACGAAGACAGACCAAAAUCGGGUAGGGUUUAUUCUGCCCCAGAUCAUUCCCAUGGGUACCAUCACGCGCAGAGCUGUCGAAAACACCUGGCUUACUGCGAGCAAUGCCAAAGGAAACCGUGUUGGCUCUGAGUUGAAGGCCAUGAUCAAAGCGCCCCCGGGCUAUUCGUUUGUUGGCGCCGACGUUGACUCUCAGGAGCUGUGGAUCGCGAGUCUGAUCGGAGACGCACAGUUCCAGCUUCACGGUGGAAAUGCCAUUGGUUUCAUGACUCUGGAAGGGUCUAAAGCUGCAGGGACGGAUAUGCACUCCCGCACCGCUUCGAUUCUAGGCAUUUCUCGUAACGACGCCAAGGUUUUUAACUAUGGUCGUAUCUAUGGAGCCGGCGUCAAGUUUGCGGCUACCUUACUAAGACAGUUCAACCCGUCGAUGACUGAGAAGGAGACACAGGAAGUCGCGAGUAAGCUUUACACAGAGACCAAGGGCGCUCGUACGACUCGUCGUCUCCUUAGCGACACACCCUUCUGGCGAGGUGGAACCGAGUCCUUUGUCUUCAACAAGCUGGAGGAGUUCGCUGAACAAGAAAGGCCGAGAACUCCGGCUCUUGGAGCGGGAAUCACGGAGGCAUUGAUGCGGCGCUUCAUCAACAAGGGCAGCUUCAUGACUUCCAGAAUCAACUGGGCCAUUCAGUCGUCGGGUGUCGAUUAUUUGCAUCUCCUGAUUGUCGCAAUGGACUAUCUGAUUCGACGCUUUAACAUUGCUGCCCGGGUUGCAAUUACCGUCCACGAUGAAAUCAGGUACCUUGUCAAAGAUGAAGAUAGAUAUCGCGCAGCUCUUGCGUUGCAAGUAGCGAAUGUCUGGACCCGUGCUAUGUUCUCCGAGCAAGUUGGCAUCCACGACCUUCCCCAGUCCUGCGCUUACUUCUCCGCGGUGGACGUCGACCACGUCCUACGAAAAGAAGUUGACAUGGACUGCGUGACUCCUUCUCAUCCGAAUAAGAUUCCUCAUGGCGAAAGUUUGGACAUUAGCAAGCUCCUGGACAAGAACCACGAAGCUCGGCUCGACACCUCCAUCGUUCCCAUCAACCCUCCCACCCCUCAGAAACACAAAUACACGCCACGAGCGACCGUUAUGUCUUCGCUGCCCGAUUCCAGCCACCCAUCCUUCAUCAAGGCCCAGAUCACCAAGGACGACGCGGAACUGCGAGAUAUCGUCCGGGAGCUCACCAAAGCAAAAGCCACCGCCAUGGCAGCGGCCGCGGCCGCCACUGGAUCAUCCAACGGCCGCGCCCGUGCCGCCGCACCUCCAGCAGCCGAGCCCCAAAAGGCCAUUCUGAUGGACGUUGGCACGACCAUGUACACGGGUUUCCGUGGCUACUCACAGGGGAGCAGGUCUCCCCAGGUCAACCUAAACCGUCAGAACUGGAAGCCCCGACCGUCGGCUCGCGCGUGAUGUGAUGAUCUACGGUAGCGGCAUUUCACCAAUCCUUAUUUUUUGGGUCUUCCCUUGUAUAUAAUAUGAUUCAUUUUUGAUUUGAUGGACGCCCAAGCUAAGUUGAUGUCUAAAAAUGUCUCUUCUGGUAUGUAUUAUGUGUGUGGAAAUUCUUGAAUUGCAAAAAAGCAUUGGGAGGGCGUCGAAGGGGGCCACGGAGCUGCAUUCUUACGGGACGUUUCCUUCUGUCAAUUUUCGGCAUAUAUCCGCUGGUGUCCAAUGGUGUUUUUCAAUGGGGGCGGAUUGUAAUUUUUGUGAAAUAUCCAAGGAAAAUCUUAUCUGC